AUGCGGAGGAUUGUUGAGAUUCCUAGGUCUCCGAGUGGUUAUGGGUUUCGUUUGAAAAAUGAACGUCCUUGCCUCAUAGAUCAUGUUCUAACUGGGUCUAAUGCAGAAAAAUCAGGGGUUAGAGCUGGUGAUAUAUUGCUCAAAGUGAACGGUGUGAAUGUUAUUAAUGUUACUCACGAAGAAGUUGCCUCGUUGAUUUGGCGAUGCCAUAAAAAGUUAUCUAUUGAGAGUCACAGGAAUCAAAGUCUAGCCAAUGCAUCAUUGGUUCUUUAG